AUGGAGGAGAAACAACUCUACGGAGCUCUUACGGUGUACCGUGAGAGAGGUGCUUACCUUCGAAGACUUGAACAAAUUGAGAAAUCAAAGGCGUCAUACGAUGAGGCGUUUAAAAAUGCCCCCGAUAACGUCCGCCUGCUGAUAGGCCGCAGUCAGGUAUGUUCUGAUGCAGUCAAGCCGCAACAAGCGUAUGCAGACGCUGAGUUGGCUCUCAAGCUGGAACCGACCAACAUGAAUGCCCGGAACAUGCAAGCUAAUGCCAUGUACACCAUGUCUGACUUCGAACGAUCGGUGGUGAUGAACUAUCGUGGAUCGAGGAUACGGAAACAACCACCGUACUUCACGGAGGGCAUUAACCAAGGGCUAGAAACCAUACAGGACUGUGUUGGCAAAAACGUUGGUCACGUGUUGCUAGAUUUCUUGCCAAUAAUACGAAAACAAGAAGCAAAACGUGUGGGCGAUGACGAACCUGAAAGAGUAUUACAUGUUUCACGUAUUCCUCACCUCGAUUAUAAAAAAAGACUUACACAAAUGCAGGCGCGUAAACAUAUUACAUUGUCUCGGGUACUUGCUAACAAAUAUCUUGGUCCUAUGGCGUACGACAAAUUUUUCCUUCAAGCACUUACUGAAGAUCCAUGCAUAAAGUCGGCAAAUUCCAAGGGAAGUAAAGAUCUAAAAAAAUUAAUAAAAGAUGCUCUAGAGACGCUAUCUGAACGUCAAGACAUGUUGCGCACCCAACGCCCGUAUUAUGCUAUUAAAGCGGCUGAAAAAUCUGAGUCAAAAUAUCAAAAUAAAUUUAGAGCACAACUGUUAAUUAACGAAUGCAGGAUAAAUACGCGAACAGCAGAACGUUUAAUUAAACAAAUAGAAUUAUGUUUGUGGAGACGCCGCAUUAUGGAUAUGAUGGCAAACGCUGAACGAAUGCAAAUAUUUCUUGAUAUGAAGACCCCGCGGACGUUGCCUGACAGAGAUAUGUUCAUAGACCGUUUGUAUAAAUUAGUUGGAGAGGGUUAUUUGUCGCAAUAUAGGAUCUCGUUUAAACUUAGCGAGCGUGGACUCCACCGCCGCAUAGCUUUCUUAAUGGGACUGCCAACGGGGAGACCAAAAUCUUAUGAUUCUGUAAUAGCAGCAGCCCCCCGUAAUGUUGAUGUGAAAGUAGCUGCUGAGAGAGUAUCGGCUAGACUUGAGAUGUGCGAGAACUCUUAUAUGAGAUGUUGGUUAAUGUACGAAAUGUCUCGAAUACUUAACAUUCAGAAAAAUUAUGCGCUCUCUAGAUUUUACGCGAAACGCUGUCAACGUGAAGCCCAAGAAAUAAGCAGUGUGACCUGGUGGUUGAAUGGCUGUUUUGCGUUGAUGAGCGGUGACAUGCAACAGGGAAAUGCUAACGAGGUUCGCGUUCAAGUAGAAGAAGCGUUUGAGUGGUCAAAGCAAAUGCAAGACUCGGACCAAGUUCGAGCAUUUCUUCUAAAAUGUUUAGAAGUGGCUUCUGAAACAAUAUCUGUUGAUGAACAGAAGGCAAACAAACAACGUGAGAAACAAAUCUUGAAGGUUAUGGAUGAGGACACUCGUGUGGAGACGGGAGUCUUGUUCAAGCGUAUAUCGCGGUUGCCUGAAGGGAGACGCUUUUCAGUAUUGCCGCGUAAGCCGGUGCAGUCGACGAUGACGUGCGAGCGGCGCAAGCGCCGGCAGCGCGGCAUGUCUAUCGUGCCUGGCGAGGAGAAAGGGUUGCCAAAGCCGCCCAAAUCCCAAGUUCUUGGUUUUCAGCUAUUUGACAUUUGA